AUGCCGUUUUCAAUCCUGCCAAAUGACCCAGGGACAUCCUGGGAGGGAGCUGGUACUGAGAAAGGCGCUCGCGUGAAUGGACAUGCCUUGAACGGUAUUUCGACGAAAUCGCAAACUGACAAUAUUCCUAUUGUCGUUGUUGGACUGUCCUUUAAACUCCCACAAGGAAUCGAGUCUGUCGACGCUUUUUGGGAAGCCUUGAAAGAAGCGAGGUCUGCUUGGUCUAGCUACCCUGCAAGUCGGCUCAAUUUCGAGGGAAUCUAUGACCCAGAUGAGGAGAGAGUCAAUGGGUUUCCUCUCAAAGGAGCGCACUUCGUGGAUGGCGAUGUUGCUGCGUUCGACGCACCGUUCUUCACCAUCAGUCCCGCCGAAGCGGCGGAGAUUGAUCCCCAAUCGCGCAUUCUGCUAGAGACUACAUAUAAAGCAUUGGAAAAUGCACGACCAGCCGGAAUCCCCAUGGAAAGGAUAGCCAACUCCAGAACCUCCGUCCACACAGGCAGUUUUGGCGACGAUUACAAGGGCUUUCACAUCAAAGAUCCCCUGUUUGGCGGUCCCUAUUCAGCAAGCUCAGUCUCGGCAAGCAUGCUGGCAAACCGAAUCAGCUGGUUCUUCAAUCUGCGCGGAGAAUCUAUCAACAUGGACACCGCUUGCUCCAGCACCUUGGUUGCGUUUCAUACUGCAUGCCAAGGGUUGCGUAGCGGUGAUGCUGAUACCGCCAUCGUUGCAGGUGCCAACUUGAUCUUGGGCCCAGACACGGCCAUGUCACUGAAUAACCAAGGCUUUCUGUCACCGGAUGGCAGAUGCUGGAGUUUUGACGAAAAAGCCAACGGGUAUGGCCGUGGCGAAGGAUUUGCCGCUUUGAUUUUGAAGAGAUUCGACGAUGCGCUCGCGAGCAACAGUUCAAUCCGCGCUGUGAUUCGUGCCACGGGAACAAACCAGGACGGUCGAACGCCGGGCAUUGUGCAGCCGAGCCAGGUGGCUCAGGCAGAGCUUAUUAGGGAGACGUAUUGCAAAGCAGGGUUGGAUAUGAGUCUGACGCGCUAUGUUGAGGCUCAUGGUACGGGGACACCGGUUGGGGAUCCUAUUGAGGCCGGUGCUAUUUCCGACGCCUUUGCCGAUGUCAUAACCCCCGAGAGGCCGCUUUACGUUGGAUCUGUAAAAUCCAACAUUGGACAUUUGGAGGGAACGAGUGGUAUGGCGGCACUAAUAAAGAGCAUUUUGAUGCUGGAGCAGGGCAUGAUUCCUGCUAUUGCAGGAUUGGAACAUGUGAACAGUUCUAUUUCAGAGAGAUAUCCAUGUUUGAAGUUUCCUAGUACUCUCUGCCCUUGGCCAUCUAAAGGGCUCCGCCGAGUCUCGAUCAACUCGUUCGGGUUCGGGGGUACAAACGCCCAUGUUAUCAUGGAGGAUGCAGAGAACCAUCUGCGGCUGGCUGGUUAUGCCAGAAGAAGCCCGAAUCCGUCCUUUGCAUCUACUGAUGGCUCUAAGCUACUCGUAUUCUCGGCUCGGGAUGAAAAGGGGAUUAAUCGCAUUCAAGCAGUUUAUAAUGAUCACUUGGCGCGCAUUAAAGAAGACAGAACCGGCUAUCUAGAUAGUCUCUCAUACACACUUACCCAGAGGCGGAGUUCGUUUCUUUGGAGGGCAUUUACAGUUUGCAGAGGUGAGCAUGCGUUGAGAGGAGGCAUCAAGCUUACACGACCGGUCAAGGCUUUGUCCACGGCCCGCCUGGCUCUGUGUUUCACUGGACAAGGGGCACAGUGGUAUGCAAUGGGUCGUGAGCUGAAUGAAUGCGACCUCUACACACAAAGUAUUGCUCAAAGUGCGGCUGUGUUGAAGUCAUUGGGCUGUGCUUGGAAUCUCAAAGAGGAGCUCUCCCGAGAAAAAGAAGAAUCAAGAGUGAACGAGCCUGAGUUCAGUCAAACUCUUUGUACAGCAGUGCAAAUCGCGCUUGUAGACGUGCUCGAAGCCGUUGGUACACAACCAACGGUGGUAUUCGGACAUUCGUCUGGGGAGAUUGCAGCUGCGUAUGCCAUUGGAGGACUGGACAGAAACUCUGCAAUUCGAGCGGCUUAUUACCGCGGCUAUCUCUCUUCUCGACUCGCCGCCAAUCAUAAGGAGUCUGCUGGUAGGAUGCUUUCAGUCGCUGUUGCAGAGACAGAUAUCCUGCCAUAUUUUGAAGCUGUAAAGGCUAGGUUCGGCAAACUUGAUAUCACAGUUGGCUGCGUCAAUAGUCCCAGUAAUGUCACUAUUACUGGAAAUGCACUGCAAAUUGAUUAUUUGAAGGAGCUUUGCCAUGACAAUCGUGUGUUUGCUCGAAAGCUUGCUGUGACUGUUGCAUAUCACUCUUCCCGGAUGGAGGCAAUUGCAAGAGAAUAUGCAAAACUGCUGGGUAGCUUCUCUCCUCGGAAACACACGGCGUGGUCAUCUGCAAAAAUGCUCUCGUCCGUCACGGGCGAAAUGGUUAGUCGAAGGCAGGUGGCACAGGCGGAAUACUGGGUAAAAAACAUGGUUUCUCCGGUCAGGUUUGUAGAAGCCUUGUCUGGUGCAGCAUUGCCCCGUCAUGAUGGCCAGUUCGUGCCGGAUAAAACGAAGCUGCAAUUCGAGGAUGUGCUUGAAAUAGGACCUCACUCUGCCCUUCAACGACCUGUCAAGGAUACCCUCAAGUCACUAAGUAAGGGCAGUGAAGUCGGCUAUGUCUCUGCAUUAGUGCGAGGCGUUGACGCUGUCGAGAGCCUUUUUAAUGCGUUUGGAUAUCUUCAUUGCCGGGGCCAUGUUGUCAGUUUGCAGGCCAUCAAUCAACUUACCUCUUCCGGCAACACUCCAACUACACCACCAUUACUACUUACUGAUCUUCCAGAAUACCCAUUCGAUCAUUCUCUAUCGUAUUGGCGGGAGUCCAGACUGAGCAAGGGCCAUCGGCUCCGCGAAGCUCCACGUAACGAUUUUCUAGGAACACGAGUUCCCGAUUGGAAUCCGUGGGAGGCCAAGUGGAGGAGACGUAUCAAGUUGUCCGAAGACCCCUGGCUCGAGGACCACAAAAUCGCCAGUGUGAACAUUUUGCCAGGGGCAGCCAUGCUUGUCAUGGCAGUGGAAGCAUCCAAGAGUGUCGCCAAAUCCCGGUUCAAGGAUCGGGUAAUUUCUGGAUAUACCAUUAAAGACGUCUCGUUCACAAGAGCACUUGCGAUAUCUCCGGAUAUCGAUGGCACUGAGGUAGAGUUCUAUCUGAAAUCCGGUGACGAAUCUGAUGACGGCAAUAGUCGUCGUGGCGCCUGGUCCGAGUUUCGACUGUUCUGCAUUGACAAUGAGGUCUGGGUGAAGGUCUGCCAGGGUCACAUACAGAUCUCCUUUGUCGAGGAGUCUGGGGCCGUCGACCAGGGCCUGGAAGCUCAAUUGGAAAGCAAACUGCACUCAGAAGAAUUGGAAAGACUACGAUCUACCUGCUAUCGCCCAGUAGAGAUGCAAAACGUCUACGCGGCUAUGGCAGAGAGAGGUCUUGAUUUCGGCCCGGCACAUCAAGUGAUCAAGAGCUGCUCCUAUACUGAUGAGUUUGAAGUUGUCGCGGACAUGAAUCCAAAUCAGUGGCGCAUCAAAAGCCGAAGAUAUCACCAGACAGAAAAUAUUACUGUGCACCCGACAUUCCUAGAUGGCCUCUUUCAAAUGAACCUCGUGGCCAUGACAGAGGGUGGCAGGAAUGUGGCCCCCAGUGUUGUGGUUGGCAUUCGCAAAAUCUGGAUCGCUGAGAGCAGCUUUUCUUCUACCAAGUGUGACAGUAUAGCAGUUCCAGCGUGGAGUAAAUCUGCGCACCUUGGCCACGGAAAUACUACGUCUGAUGUGGUUUGUUUAGAUCCAUUAGGGCAAACAUCAAUUAUUGUCAUCGAUGGUCUGCAGGGGAGAUUUUUGAAGGAAAAUGGGCAGGCUGAAACGGCGAAGCGGAUGUUAUGGAACUUCGAUUAUCGUCCUGAUAUUGAGCUAUUGAAUCAUGAAGACCUUCUCAAGCAAGUCACAUCUACUUUCACUCUGCAACCCUCUCCAUUUGAUCUGGACAGGGACAUCAAACUGCUUCUUUAUCUGUGUAUUCUGCGGACACUGAAGCAACUCACUUCUGAAGAUGCCAAAAACUUGGCACCCCAUCAUCAGAAAUAUUUCGCAUGGAUGCAGCGUGAGAAGGAGAAACUAUACGCUGGCGAGUGUAUUAUCACUCCCGUUCCCGACUUCAGGCCCUAUAUUGAUAACGACGAAUUCUACAACAAUCUACUCGACCGCAUCGAAAGUGAAAAUAAAAGAGGCAAGUUUUUUGCUACAUUGGCACGGAAUCUGUAUGCCAUCUUAAAGAAAGAGCAGGACGCACUCGAACUCAUGUUCCAAACACCCCUAGCUAAGGAUUACUACCGGGAGCUAUACAAGGCGACAAAUGGCUUGUCGAAAGCGCUUUCAUUCAUCGACCUCUACGCCCAUAAGCAUCCUGAUAUGAAGGUCCUCGAAAUUGGAGCAGGCACUGGCGGAAUGACCAAAUAUGUCCUUGAAACUCUUACUCAGAAUGGAUCCGGAGUCGCGAAUGUUGGGAACCCUCGUUUUAGUCAUUACACAUAUACUGACAUAUCAGCUGGGUUCUUCUCUGACGCCGCUUCGUUGUUCGAUAAUAUACCCAAUAGAGUCACCUUUUCUGUUCUAGAUAUUGAGAAGGAUCCCAGCAGUCAGGGGUUCACGGAGGGAACGUUUGACCUGGUAAUCGCAGAUAACGUGCUUCACGCGACGCAAAGCCUGGAUACUACAGUUAUGCAUGUGAGAAAGCUGUUGAAGCAGGGCGGUAAACUUGUUUUGUUUGAGUUAACGGAUCCGGAAGUUGUGCGAACAAAUUUUGCCUUUGGUUUACUUCCAGGCUGGUGGAGGGCUAAUGACACCUAUCGAAGUUUCAGUGCCGGUGUAGCAGACUCUGUUUGGGAUUCUGUUUUGAAGAAAUAUGGCUUCUCUGGUAUCGAUCUAAAUCUCACGGACUAUGAUGACCCUGUGUGUCAUGAGCACAGCGCGUUAAUAUCGACUGCGGUUUCUUCUGACGUUAAGAGCAACAGCAAUACUCUACCGAGGACAUUGAUUAUCUUUGACAAUGCUUGCGUAUUGCAGGCCCAGGUUGCGCAAGGGCUCAUGGCAAAAUUCAAAAACUCCAGAGCCACAGAUGUAGUCAGUUUGUCCCUGGAGGUAGCUGCUCAGAAAAGCGACCUCAAUCAAUGGUUUUGUGUGAUUCUUCUUGAGCUUCGCGACCCUUUCCUUGCAACGAUGAAUCAUGACCAGUGGCGGAAUAUCCAAGCAGUUCUUAAAUCCGAUGGAGGCCUGCUCUGGGUAUGCCGCGGCGGUGGUGUGAGACCAACGCUUCCUGAACAUGCACUGAUCCAAGGAAUGCUCCGAGGUUUGAGGCAGGAGGAGCGACAUGCCAAGUUUAUCUCAUUGUCUAUGGAGCCAACAACGAAUGAUACAGCACACCUAGUUGACCGUAUCGGCGCUGUAUUGGAGACUAUCACUCAAAUUCCAGUUCAUAAAUGCGAACAGGAAUACGUCGAACGGGAUGGCCAGAUUUGUGUCGACCGCAUUGUCGAAGCAGACUAUCUGAAGCAAGAACUGGAGAGAUCAAUACAAGGAACCAAAUCUAGCGAGUCGACCUUUGGCGCGCAUAACAGCCUAUCACUUAGCAUCGAAACACCCGGCCUCUUGGACACACUGGAAUUCAUGGAGGGCGACGAUACUAUCAAACAGGAUCUAGCCCCCGAUGACAUCGAAAUCUUAAUUGAAGUAAGCGGCGUUAACUUCCGGGACUGCCUGAUCGCAUUAGGUCGGCUUGCUGCAUCAGAAUUCGGCUUCGAGUGCGCAGGAAGAGUUAGUCGCAAGGGAAAUGAGGUAGUAGAUCUUCAGAUUGGUGAUCGAGUUUGUGCGAGUGCCGUUGGGACAUACCAGACUUAUACCCGAUGCAAAGCAGCGGAUGCUAUUCUGAUUCCGGCCUCGAUGUCCUUUGUUGAAGCAGCUAGUAUUCCUGUUGUAUUCACUACUGCAUUCUAUGCUCUUGUCCAUGUUGCGCGGAUUCGAAAAGAAGAGUCAAUUCUCAUUCAUUCUGCUGGUGGUGGAACAGGCCAGGCCGCGAUCCAGAUAGCGCAGCUGGUAGGAGCAGAGAUAUUCGCUACUGUCGGAUCUGAGGAAAAAAAAUCUCUUCUUAUGGGUAGCUACGGAAUACCAGCAGAUCAUAUAUUUGACAGCCGCAACUCCUCGUUUGCGAAAGGGAUUAGACGCAUGACGAUUGACAGGGGUGGCGUCGACGUUGUCUUGAACUCGCUUAGUGGAGAUUUGCUUCUAGAUAGCUGGCACUGUGUUGCUCCGUUUGGACGCUUCCUCGAGCUAGGAAAGAAGGAUAUUCUUGCUAAUAGAAACCUCCCUAUGCAACCGUUUGCCCGGAAUGCAUCCUUCCACGCAAUCGAUCUUGCUGAGGCUCGGAGACAUCAACCAUCGCUACUGCAGAAGCUUCGUGAUGACAUCAAGGAACUACUUGCCCGGGGCGCGAUAUCUCCGCCGCAGCCGUUACAUGUUUAUGGAAUUGGGGAGGUCGAGAAGGCUUUUAGAUAUCUGCAGAGUGGGAAGAAUACGGGGAAAGCUGUCGUAGAACUCAGGCGCGAUGAUGUUGUCAAAACACGGCUACGCGUUCAGCACAAAUGGCAUUUUGAUCCAAAAUCCACAUAUGUGAUUGCUGGUGGUCUGGGUGGUAUUGGUCGUCGAACCGCAUGGUGGAUGGUGACUCGCGGUGCAAAGAACCUCGUCCUCCUUUCUCGAUCCGGCGAUGGCCACCCAGAAGUCAAGAAGCUUGUUGACGAUAUUAGGCAGCUGGGUGCACGCGUGGAAACACCCUUAUGUGAUAUCUCGGAUUAUGACGCGCUUAAACAAACCCUAGAGACAAUUAGCAUCUCAAUGCCUCCAGUGAAGGGCUGCAUUCAAUCAGCUAUGGUUCUUCGGAACAAAGUUUUUGGAAACAUGACCUUCAAAGAUUGGAGAGACUGCUUCGAAUGCAAAGUUCCCGGUAGCUGGAACCUGCACCGGCUCCUCCCAAAAGGAAUGGAUUUCUUCAUCAUGUACUCGUCCCUCGCGGGCGGGCUUGGUGGUACGGCAUCUGUUAACUAUUCAGCAGCCUGUGUCUACCAGGACGCAUUGGCACACUACCGUAACUCCGUGGGCGAAAAGGCAACGACGUUCAACCUGGGCGUGAUGGUGGACGACGGUGUGCUCCGAGAUAAUGUCAUUCUGCGAGCUACGCUUGUGAGUACCGGUUUUCUCCUUGGUAUAUCUCAAAGGGAGAUGUUUGCAUUACUCGAUCAUUACUGCGAUCCAUCUUUAGAGAUUCCAGAUACGCCGCUCAAGUCCCAGGUUGUGGUUGGUGUCGAUGUGCCGCACAAUAUAAAAAACCGAGGUAUCGAGAUCCCAGGUUUCAUGCACCGCCCGCUGUUCAAAGGGAUGUGGAAUAUUGCAGACAGAAAUUCCGCUCCCAAUCAAGAAGGUGAUCCCUCGAUGCAUGUAGUCCAGGAGCUGGCCAGCAUCAAGUCCCGCGAUGAAGCGGCCGAGGUGAUUGCCAACGCGCUGAUGGUGCGGCUGAGCAAGGCGCUCGGAGUUCCGUUGGGGAAUCUGGAAAUUUCCCAGUCGAUUCAUUCGUAUGGUGUUGAUUCUCUCGUGGCGGUGGAAUUGAGAAAUUGGUUUAAAUCCAAACUACAAGCGGACGUGGCUGUUUUCGAGAUGCUGGGGAACUCGACGUCCGAGGAUAUUGGGCGGUUGGUGGCUGCGAAGAGCCAGUUGGUUGCGAACUUGCUGGCAUGA